AUGUCGGUUCUUGUUGACGAUUCUCCAGCCUUUUCCAAAUCCUCGAAAGAUUCUCCUUCUGCGGCGGAAGAUGAUGCCAGCGAGCUUGCUCCAGCACCCCCUGAGCCUCGAAAGUACGACUGUUGGGUUGCAUACCCACAUCAGAACAGCUCUAAUGACAAUAAUGGAGAUAAAUUCACAGUCGAUAUUGUCUUUGUCCACGGCAUAACGGGAAGUCAAACCGGAACAUGGACUAUGAAAAACAAGGAAGGGAAGGAGGUUCUGUGGCCUAGAGAGCUCCUCACAGCGAGUGAUCAAAUACCAGGAUCUCGAAUAAUAAUGUUCGGAUACGACGCCGAUGUUGUCAAUUUCUGGGCUGAAGCGAGUCAGAAUCGCCUCAGUGACCACGCCGACUCGCUCGUUGGAACUUUGGGAGUGUUGAGAAGAAGGACAAAGACUAUGAAUCGUCCAAUUCUGUUCGUUGUUCACAGCAUGGGAGGACUCGUUGUAGAGGAGGGCCUGACACUAUCGAGAGAUUCUUCCGAGCCCCAUGUCGAGAAUGUAUACAAGGCGACAUUUGGUGUGGCGUUCUUGGGAACACCCCAUCGGGGGUCAGGUCUUGCAUUCUGGGCUGACAUCGGGUGUAAAUUUUUAAGUCCAAUCAAGCGCACAAACAAGGCGUUGUUGCAAGUCUUGAAAGAGCGCUCGGAGACCUUGGACGGAAUCCAACGGAGAUUCCACGGCAUGAUACAUAAGCGCCGUGAGCCAUCUUAUUGUCAACAACAGAGACUCCCUUACCCUAUCAAGAUCCACUGCUUUGUUGAGGAGCUGGCGCUGAAAGUGGUUGGCAGAGUGGUGGAACCGGAUAGUGCCCGUCUUGAUGGUUGGCCUUCCACGACAAUACACGCAGACCACAUGGGUAUAACGAGGUUCCCCGAUGGCGGUGAUCCGCAGUUUCAAAAGGUUGCCGGCGUUCUUUGGGGAUGGGUGGAAGAUCUGAAAGCUCUUCUUGCUGCAGACAAGGCUGCUGCUGCCAACCCUCAUUCUUCACUCAAUCAUCAGGCAUUCUCACAACCGCAAGGACCAGUAGCUACUCCAAACCAAUCCUCGAGAACCUUAGAAGUGAGUCCACCUGAAAGUCAAAGAGUGGGUGAACCGGCUUUGGAAGAUUCUGCACCGGCAUCAAAUCAGCUUACAACUCGAUCAGCUGCUUCGAUAGCAGCUCGAGAUACGCCACCGGGUUCUUCGCAGAGUUCGGUACAACAAACUUUCCGUGAGCAGCACCAAGUUACGCGAUCAGACACUGAGGGGAACCAGACCACACCUUCAGAAUCCAGCAAUGCGGCGGCACAGUCGAGUGGUGGUGAGGAGUCAAAGCCGAAAUCCCAGAGGAGGAAAAACAAGAAGGAGAAAGGAAAUAAGACGACUGGAUCUACAUUCAACAUCAAUCAGAAGGAAGGCGGGAAUUGGGCGGUCGCGCACACUCUGAACGUCAAAGGCGGGGCAAGUUUGUUCGGAACCGCUCCUCGAGUGGCUGAAUCCGACGAUAACGAGAAGGAAAGCAGUGAGGAUGAUAACUAA